UGCAGAUAAUACUGAAUGGCUUGGUUUCAUGCUGCUGACACGCAUCAUGUGGAUUCAGGAUUUCACUACUUAUGUGGCUGGAAGCACACAUUUUUUCAUUGACCUGCAGUUAAAAAACACCAAGCUUGUCAUUGAUGGCAACAGUUUGUACCGCAGAUUGUAUUUAGCAUCACGCUUUGAUCACCAGCAUGGGGGAGAGUAUGACUCCUUUGCUCGUCGCAUCCAACAUUUUUUUAGGGUCCUCUUCCUCUGCAACAUAAGCCCCUUUGUUGUGCUGGACAGCAGUAUGGAUCAGAGUGACAAGAAGUUCAAGAUUCUUAAGCAGCGAGCCCAGACUAACAUUACAGUGGCUCAUGCCCUGUCAACAGGAUCUCGGGGGACAAUCCUACCUGUCCUUGGUAAAACUGUGUUCAGGCAGGUCCUGUCUGAGCUGAAAGUGCCAUUUGUACAGUGCAUUGCAGAUGCUUCGAGGGAAAUAGCAUCCCUGGCUAACCAGUGGAAUUGUGCUGUGCUGACAAUGAACAGCAUCUUCUACAUCUUUGAUUUAAAGGGAGGUUGUAUCCACACAAAUGAUUUUGGCUGGGACAAAGUAAAUGAAUGUAAGAAGACCUCUGAGAGGCACAUAGAUGCUCGCCUCUUCUCCAUCAACAGAUUCUGCGAACACUUCAACCACAUGAACAAAGAGCUUCUACCACUGUUUGCUACCAUGGUCGGCCAUACUGCUAUGGCUGGCCAUGAUUUCACUAAACUGCACAAAAUUAUGGAGACUUUCUUCAUCCAGGCCAAGUUCCCAGAGCGGCCACACACCUGCAAAGACAGGACACAUGAUUGCAUUGACAGCCUCCUCCACUGGUUGGCUCAGUUCACAGAUCCACAAGUGGCCCUAAAAGGGGUGCUGGAAGUUAUUGGAGGUGCCCAUAAAUUGAGGUAUGCCCACUCCCUCCUCUCCUCUGGAAUGAAGCAAUACAGCCUCUCUGUGAGCAACCUGAUCCCAUUCUUCACCGAGGGAGCCACACUGUCCAAUCUGCCAAACAUCAUUGGAGACUUGCCACCGUGGAUCCUCUUGGCACUGGCUAAGGGGGAACUAGGCUUCUUCGUUCAAAAUGUACUGGUGUUGCAGAGAGUGAUGUUGCACACUCAGGUUGAGGAUUUCCAGCUGCCAAGUUGCAACACAACCUCACAACCGAUUCGACAGGUACUAUACAGCCUGUUGCUCGAUGGGAAGCAGGGACUGACACAAACAGGUCCUAGGGAUGCAAGGGUGAACUUGUGUUCAACUAACUGUGUACAGGAGUUUGAGAGAGAGGGUCUGUUUUUGAAGCAAUCCACUGUUCCAGCCGUCCUGACAAAAACUGUCCUGCACCUGCCUCUGGAGAGCCUGAACAAGGUGAGGAAACUGAUCCGGCUUAAGGUACUUUUGGACACACUGGAAGUGAAACGAUCUUUGCUCUCGCUGGUGCCCCCACACCUGCAUUUGACUGUGUGUGUAACGUGUUAUUGGUUGAGUCACGCUGAGCCCCAACCAGAUCUGCAACAUCUUCAAGCCUUGCUGGUGGGAUUUGUGUUUGGAGAGCUCAAUAAAGUGAAGACCAAAGAAGGGAAGAAAGAGUGGUCCCAGGAUCUGGCUGCUGUUUGGAAGAGGCUAAAUAAGUUGCGGAUGAAAAUAGACAGGAAGGGGCCCGAUCCAGGGGCAGCCCACACGUUCAGCCAAUGGCAGUCCUGCAUGCGGAUGAGCCUCCUCCUGAACCAGCUGCUUUGUGUCCCUCUGCCCGAGCCUGGGUGUGCCUGGUUGUACAGGGGGACAUUGGUGCACCAAGUGUUGAAGAUGAUGAAAGAGGGAAACGCCCCAAAAGACCUGCUGCAGGGAGCCUGUCUUCCGGGGCAGCUCUUCAGAGACCUGAUGGGAGCUGUGCAGAGCUCUGUGGGUGGAGACUUCUUUAUGAAGCAGAGGAAGAGUACCCGGAGGCAAGCACACAAGCAGCAGAUAAAUCUUACAGAGAGUCCCCAGUCUACCGAGGACAGCUUUGCACAACCAGAAUGUGACGAUGAGAAUGAAAAUGAUGAUAAUUAUGACGACGACAAUAGUGAUGAUGAGCAGGAAGAGGAAGUGCAGUACUGGGAACCAGCCUGCUCAGUCCGGGUGCGAUUCAGGACCACGUCUCGGACCACCCGGUAUCGAGAACGCGUCAGAAUGAGAAAACCAGCGCGGGUAAUGUGGUAAAUAAGGACAAUCCCUUUGCUGUACCAAUUUAACAACUGUCUAAAAUGCAG